AUGUUCAAGUGGGCUCAGCAAACACUCGCCCAUGUGGCCGGCACCCAAGAGCCCGACUACGGACCGUCCGCCAUCCGGUCCGUGGCCGAGGAGGCCAAGGAGACGCCCUACACCGAGACCACCUCCGACGACCUGAAGUGGACUGCCAUGGAGUCGACCUGUGUUGAGACACAGGUGUUCUACAUCACCUCGGACAGCGGUCCGGCCAUCUUUGUCCAGGUCAUUUACAACAACGUUGCCGGCAUCCGCACCACGUGCCAGUUCAACACCAAGAUCUUUUACGUCAACGACGCCAACAAAGAGACCCUCUGGAGCUCCACGCCCCUCGCACAGCCCGAGUUCAGCGAGGACAUGAAGUCCUUCUACGCCACCGACUGCGCCGUCGAGCUGUCCGAGGACGGCACCUCGUACUCCAUCAAGUCCCACAACGACGACCGCGCCGUCGUCAACCUCGUCAUCAAGCGCACCACCCCCGGCUUCCAGGCCGGCACAACCGGCAAGACGCUGUUUGGCACCGACCUGACAAACCCCUGGGGCUCCAUGCGCCAUGUCUUCUGGCCCCGCUGCGUCGCCUCCGGCACCAUCACCACCAAGGAGGACGGGCCCAUUGACUUUGCCGGCGGCCGCGCCCUCUUCGUCCACGCCCUGCAGGGCAUGAAGCCCCACCAUCUCGCUGCGCGCUGGAACUUUGCCAACUUCCAGGGCCCCGAGCACUCGGCCGUUCUCAUGCAGUUCACCACCCCGCCGUCGUAUGCCUCCACCGUCGUCACCGUGGGCUGCAUUGCGCGCGACGGCGAGAUUCUCUUUGCCGGGUCCGACGCGACCGCCACCCACGUGGCGACCAAGGAAGACUCCGAGAACGACUGGCCCGAGCCGACCCAGGUCAAGUACACCUGGUCCGGCACCGCCAAGGACGGCAGCCAGGUCGAGGCUGUGCUCGAGGGCGGCCUCGAGGAGCGCCUGGACCGGAUAGACGUCAUGGCCGAGGUGCCCGGCAUCGUCAAGAAGAUCGCCGGCAGCGUCGCCGGCACCAAGCCCUUCAUCUACCAGUACUACCCGCGCCAGACCAAGCUGGCGCUCAAGAUCAAGAAGGGCGACGCGCCCGAGGUGUCUGAGCCGGGGUUGCUGUUCGCCGAAGCCACGUUCAUCUCGUAG